AGAGAUUCAGUGUGCAUAAGUCAAACUUUGUGUCAACAUUCAACUCAAUGAACACAUAACAUGUUCUUGUUCUGGUCCUCAAUCGCUUUGUCCUUAACGUUGGUAUCAGGACUUGGUCGAAUGAAAACAGAUGAUUUAUAUGCCGUAAACUUUGCGACAGAGAUAAGAGGAAGUAAGCUUCUUGGGAGGGUUAUCGAGGAGACAGAAGAGGAAUCAGAAGAUGCUUGCCAGCUGCGAUGUGUAGAUGAAAACCGUUGCCUGUCUUACAAUUUUGGACGAGCAGAAGACGAAAGAAGAUUCAAAUGUCAACUAAGCGACUCUGAUCGAUUUGCUGCAAUGGAAAAUUUUACUCAAGAUGACAAGUUUUCCUACAGGGGAAUACAGGUAUUGCGUAAUGGUACACAGUGGAAGAAGAGAAGUUAAAGAAGAAAAUAAAUUCUUUAGGCAUUAUUUAUUUUUUCUUAAAAGUGUCUUCUGAUUUAAUAUAUACUUUUUCCAAUUUCAGUCGUUUACCGAUAAUCUUUGGAAAAACUGUUCUUGACUCACGUGCUCUAUUAUUCGGUAAACUUUGAGUUAUUGCGUAAUGGGUACACCAUAGAAAAAGACAAGUUAGAGAAAAAAUAAGUUCUUUGGGCAUUAUUUAUUUUUUUCAUCAAAAAUAUCCUUUGAUUUAAUAUAUACUCUACCAAUUUCAGUCGUUUACCGAUAAUCUUUGGAACAACUGUUAACAAGUUGUGUUCAUGACUCACGUGCUCUACUAUUCGGUAAACUUUGAGGUAUUACGUAAUAAGUACAACGCAGGAAAAGACAUGUUAGAAAAGAAAAGAAAUUCUUCAGGCAUUAUUUAUUUGUUUGAUAAAAAAAAUCCUCUGAUUUAAUAUAUACUUUACCAGUUUCAGUCUUUUAUCACUCAGCUUUCAUUAAAAGUCAUGAACAUAUCGAUAGUUAAAUAUCUAAAGAUAAAAAUCACUUCUUUUGUAGAAAAAUCUUGCAAUUCAAUCUAUCUUUGCAAAUCUUACCUUAUUUGGAUUUGAAAAUUUAUACCUGUUAGCAUUUGCACUAAGUUAGCAUCUUUCAAAUUCCAGAGUUCUUGUGAGAUGAGCGAUUCCAUCUGCGGCGAAAAAGGAAUCUGUAUUCCCAACUAUCAAGAUGGCAGCGUAAGAUGCAAAUGUAAAGAUGGCUACAUAGGACCAACUUGCGGUUAGUGUUGGAGUUGUCACGUGCAUAGUUUGGCCUUAAAAAUUUGGGAAUUCAAACAGCAAAAGACUUUUAUAUAAUUUUUUUUUAGCAGUAACACAGGCAUACUCCGAGAAAUUACUUAGAUGGCUGAAACGAAUAUUGAACCCAUGGCCUCCUGAUUAAGGAUAACUCUCCCCGACCCCCUACUGAAUUUCAGGCGCAUCGUGGUCGCUAGUGAAGACCACCACUGGAAGGAGGCGAAAGACACAAGUCUCGAACAUACUUUUUAAGCAUUGGAAAGAAAUUACAAUCCUCGCAAUAAUCUUUAGAACAACUAUUCAUAAGUGUUCAUGAGUCACGUGCCCUUCUAUUAGGCAGUUUUUUUUGUCUUUAGUACGAUACAUUUUACUCGGCAAAUUAAGUAAAGUUUUUUUUUUGUGUACUUGUUUAUAUGUCUGUUUGUUCGUUUGCUUGUUUUUUUGUACCAUUCCAUAGCUAUAGAGCCAAACAGCUGCGCUGAACUGCUUCGACACGGUUAUGAUUCCAGUGGCGUAUACACCAUCAAUCUAGAUGGCGGAAAACCAGUGCAAGUGUUGUGUGACAUGAAUACAGAUGGUGGAGGUUGGACCGUUUUUCAGAAACGUUUAGACGGCUCUGUAGAUUUUUUUCUAGGAUGGGAAUCUUACAAGUACGGCUUUGGAAAUCCUAAUAGCGAGUUCUGGAUUGGAAACGAUAAUCUUCAUCAUUUGACAGACUCGAAUGACGUCAUGCUGAGAGUUGAGCUGGAAGACUUUGAAGGGAACAUCACCUACGCUGAGUACACUACUUUUAAGGUGGCAGACGAGGCUAAUAAGUACAGGCUUUUGAUGGAAGGAUACUCUGGCACGGCAGGUGACUCCAUGCUUGGGCACCAAUCUCUAAGGUAAAUCAAAUCUGAACGAGGCUUAAUGUGAUAUGAGCCGAGCCAGUAAAUUCUUUGAACUACUCUAUUAACUACACAUUAGUUGGUGAUAUCGCCAAGAGGCACUUAGCGCUUUUCUAUCAAAACAGUUAAUGUAAAAAUUUGUUUUCAAAAAAGAAGGAAAUCAAUCGGCCAGCAAUAACUAUUCUGGGCGAGGUAAUAUUCUGAUUCUGAAACCUCUGUAUGUUUUGAGGUGAGAAACACGUCAAAUGACAAUAGGAGAAAAGUCGACAACAAAGAGGUUAUUAGUUUAGGAAGAUUCUCCUUAUUGUGUCAAUCACAGCCAAACCUUUUCCUUGACCUCUUUUAAUUUAUACUCUCGUGUGAACUAACAUGAGGCUCAUGAAAAAUUUUAAAAAUAACUCGACGGUAAUCACAAGGAGGGGGUAGUGAUGCUUGGAAUUGUAGCGUCUAUUUUGUGGCAAAGGGUGACUCAUACGACUAAUGUAUGGAAUCUUUUUCUUACUUUCGUUCAUAUUUCUAGUGGAAUGCGGUUUUCGACCAAAGAUAAGGAAAACUACAAAAGUCCCGAAUAUCAGUGUGCUUUGAAGUUCAAAGGUGCGUGGUGGUACAGUCGUUGCCAUGAUUCCAAUCUCAACGGCAUCUACUAUGGUGGACCACAUACCAAAACAUACGCCGAUGGAGUUUGCAGGAGACAAUUCAGAGGACUUCAGUACUCACUUAAACGCACGGAGAUGAAGCUUCGACCACGUAUUAUGAAAAAAUAAUUGUGACCUUUUCCUUUGUAAUGGUACAUUAACUUUGUGAGAAAAUGAACGAACAUAGAAUGAGGAGUGUAACGUUUUAAAGCAGAACUUUCAUUAAGUACAAGUUUUUUGAGAAAAAAAAUGCCUUAACGGAGAACACAAUUCGAUCCAUCUUUUUCAUGAGAUGUUUAGUGAAGAAAUUAUUACAUCGAUAGUAUACAUUGCUCAUCGAUGUUUAACACACGGAUUCUAACUUGAAGAUGAAGCUUGUCGCCUCAAAAUGUCGAAUUGUAAUUAACAUACUUGUCACGAGGCCAAAGAUCGAAGGAAUACACUGUGUUGAUCACGGCCGACUACCAGCAAUUUCUGAUGCCACUAGCUUGUAUAAUCGAAUAUGAUGCACAAUAAAAUGACAACUACAGCUUCACUUACACAUUACUGUGGCAUGACUUACAGUAUUUAUCCGGCUAGUAUAGAAAAAUUUAACUAUAGCUGCGGAAGUCUGUUAAGACUCAUUCUUAAAUUGCCUCCAGUGUAUUAUCAUUUUCAGUAUUAUACUUUCAAAAGUAUUUCAAAAGUAUUUGUGUAUUUACUGAGUAAACUAACAUCUUGCCAAAAUUAUGGACACGUCUCUAAAUUAUCUUCAAAAUUUUACGAUACAGCGGUCUGCCUACUGCCACAUUUUAGGUCCACUGAUCCUUUAGACUUAAGGUCAUUUCAGCUUCUACGACAAUGAAAUAUUAUGAGACCUCCUUAAGAUCAAUCAGGGAGUAAGAUUCUGAAUUGGCAAUAUUUUCAAAAUCUUAGAUUAGUUCAAUAAUAUUUGCAUAUAUUUACUGAGCUCGCUCGCAGGUUGCCAUAAUUGAAGACGAGUUUUUUAAUUAUCUUGAGAAUGUUGUUGAUACAGUUGUCUGAAUCCUAGUACAUUUCCCCUCAAGAGGCCCCUUCAUCUUAAAAAUCAUAUUUUCCACAUCUUAUAAAUGAGCAUGGUUUUGCAAAGCUGAAGUAUCAUUGGUCUCCUUGGAAUCAUCUAAAAAGAAAAAUGAGUCUUGAUUAUGUAUUAUGUUCAGUGUCCCCAAUCAGGUCAAAUGAAUUUUUAAUCAGUUUUCGUGAGUAAACUAGAAUGUUGCUAAAAUUAAGGAAACUUAUCCAAAGUAUUUUGAAAACACUGUUGAUAAGCUGGUCUGCACAGUGGUGGGUCCAUUCCCCGAAUAAUUUCUCAUCACGUUAUUUGGAAUAAAAAUAUUUGUUCGAAGAUUUGAUAAAUCGUGAUGGGAAAAACGAGACAUAAGAUGCUAACCAUGUAAAGACGAAUUCAGUUUAAGAUUAGAGAAAGUUGCAAAAUAAGCAGAAUUAAUUUGAUAUUAAGUUUUAUUUCCUUAAAAAAGAUCGACACAGACCAGAGUUAUCAAAAUUGAAACGUUCUAUAAUAUCGCUUACUUUUAAUCUCGAAUGUUCUGGUUGAUUCUAUAGCCAUUAUAAUUAUUUGCAUGUUACUAGGAACUGCAGGAAAAUUGCUAAUAUCUAGAUAUGCUCGGAAUAUGUGUCUCUAAUUAAGAGGUCGCUGAAAUUUGAAUGACAAUGUGAAUAUCUUCCUCUGAUUCUUUUUUGGAACUCCUGCUUAAAUCCUUAGCUUUGAAUAUUCAUGAAUAAGUUGAGGUCUCACGAUGAAGGUGUUAGCGAUAACACUACUACUAUUUAGUUUGAGUGCAAUUUGGUGAUAACAAGCACAAGUAAACUUUUCAAAGACAACAAAAAUUAUACGAGCCUUUAGGGCGAGUGCAAUUUGUAGUCUUAUAUAAUUUUCAAGUACUUAUUUACUCGAAAUUGCACGUGUAAUCAUAUUAUUUCUUAGUAAUGAUUUACAUGAAAAAGGCAUCCCAAGAAGUUACAUAAAAAAAUGCACUUGUUUUCAGCCGAUUAUAAGCGCGUUAUUUCUUCCUGUAUCUUAUUGUGAUGAUAAUACGACGUUACACAACGUUGCUUUUGAGUAUUAAUUCUUCGAUGGCUCAAAAAAGCGAGAACAAUGGUCGAGGAAACUAUCCACAUGUUCGAAUUUAUCUUUAACAUCCAAAUUAAAAAAACCCUUGCUCUAAACGGAAAAAGUAUUAAUGAACAUGGUGGUUAGUGUACUUCACUCUGAUUCUAAUUGGUCAAUUUAUCGUAGAGCGUCCAUCAAGAAAUGAAGAAAGCAGUCCUGAACCAUAGAGAACACGAAAUAUGGGUUACAGUCAAUCCAGCAUAUCAAACUCAUUGUUAACAAAAGCUUAUAUCAAGUCUCGGCGACCAGGCCCCUACCAACGGUGGGAUUCAACAACAUUCAAAAUUUGGAACGAUUACUAAGAGACGUUUUGAUAGAGAUUAAUUUUACCAACAAAAUGUACUUCGAAAUACCAAAGCUUUAGGAUUUAAUAGGUCAAAUUUCAUUUCUUAAAAUUACGAUGGGCAAUUUUCGAAGGCGUUCAAGUGUCGUAUCACGGUCUGCGCUCAAGAAUAGGUCUUAGCUCUUUUGUGCAUGCAUGUUGGAAUCUCAAUUUUACCGCCAAAUUCGAAUGGAGUGAGAACGUUCCUAUAUUUUAGUAAAUAAAAAUUCGUCAAGUUUGCGACCGAUUUAGAUAGGUUAAAUGGCUGCUCAAGUUGGUGCUUUCUCUGCGGAUUAUCUGCAGAUCCGUAAAAGAGGGGAGAAACGAGCGCAAGAAGAGUCUUUGGAGAAUUCAAUUACCAAGCGACAGCAACUUGAGGAAAAGCUCGACGAUACAGAGAGAAGCUAUAAAUAUAAAAAAAGAGAUCUCAAAGAUUCCAAAGAUUUCAACGUAGUGAAUUUUUCACUCGUUUUCCGACUUUUCUUGUUCUUGUCUUCUUUCUGAAUAAAACCCCCAUUGAAAAGACCUCGUCAAAGUAUCAUUUUGGGACUCUCUUUUCCUUUGCAGCCGCCAUGGUCACAAAUGUAAAUUGCCACUAAUUCACACUGAUACUGAUACUGUAAUGCGCAAGCGCAGUAGGGAAAGCGUUGUCCGCGCCAGCUUGGACGCCAACUAGAGCAAAUGUUCGCACUCAUGGGAAGCUAGUUUGAUAUGGAUUAGUAACCGUGCAAUUUACGAUGUAUCUAAUGAAAUGGAAUAUAAUGGAAUUUACUGGUUAUGUUCUGAUAUCAUACGAUAAUAGUUUGGUUAUUGUAAAUAAUAUCGGUACUAAACUUUUGAGUCGUGAAGAUAGGAAGAGAUAAGAAAAAGAAAGCGCUAUUUGUUUUUCCGAAAUUGAAGGAACCGACAAAAGAGAGUUUGGAAAUAAACAGACGUGUACGUGGAGAAUAGAAUAUUUCCUUGUAUUACGUGGAUGCUUUAAAAGAAAAAAUAUAAUACAAGUAUUGUUGGAUGAAUUGAAUAUUUAACUCUUUUUUUUCUUUGUAGAGGGUUGCGUAAUUAAGGAAUUUUUAACGGUUAUCAUCAGUUUUGAAAUAAAAAGACUUAUGUGGAUUAAGUGCAUUAAGGAUAAGAGUAACACGUAAGUAAAAGGAAAUAUGGCUCUCUGGCCCGCGUUAUUUUGGGAGAGGUUGUUUCUAAGUUUCCAAUUCAGGACACUACGUGACAAAUGCAACAGAUAUAGAUCUAGACAACGAGCUCUGAGAAUAACAUAAUGAAGGAAGCCUUCCCUUGAAUAGUUUUAAACGAUCAGGGAGAUUAUUAUCAAAAGGAGCCAAAAAUUGAAAAAAUCGGCUGACACGCCUGUAAGUUUUGCAGAUAGUUGAUCCUCUAGUCAGAAAAUACUUGACCUGAAAAAAAAAAAAAAAAAAAAAAAAAAAAAAAGAUUGUAUGGCGCAUCGCACAAUUGAUACAAUACAACUGGUUCUUUCUUAGGAAAACAAAAAGCAUCAUAUAUAUGUUAGUUUUCAUGCAAGCUUAUGGAUAGAAUGGAUAAAUAUGAGAGUGAUUUUCGCAGUAAUGAACACUGCAUAAGCAGUAGUGAAAAUAAGGCCUGAAAAAGCAACUUUUUCUCAUGCGCAUAACUGGUCCUCGUCUCUGUGUUGAUUCACGUCAAAGGCUUUUUAACCUCCUGGCAUAGGAAGCAGUUUUUUCCUGUUUUUCCUUGACGAAACGUAGCUGCAUAGAUUUAUCCUUGAAUCCCGACACUGUGUGUGGGAGGUGAAAGUUUUCUUCCGUUCCUUCGUUCUUCCUUUUGCUUGUUUAAACGACGCUUGAUGACCGACUGAUGUCGUGCUGAAAUGUUUGAUUCUCCUCAUGCAGCCACGUAUGUUCAUUCAAGUUCUCUCGAAAAUGAACGGAGUAAUGACGAAUUCGUGCUCUUCAUUAGAGCGAUGAGCAUAAGCAUCCUUCUUUGAACAAUUGAACGACUUACAAAGUUUAAAUCAUACAAAUCAGGCUAGAAUACACCUCAGUCUUCGUUGUAAAAUUGUAGUAUUUAACCUAAAUAACUAUUUCGAUAACUUAAAAACGUGAUAGAAGCGACAAAAUUCUAAGUCAGUGAACCAGAAAUCGGCUGACUCCUUUUGUAAAACUUAUACCACUUGAAGUGAAAUUAGUUGCAUGAAAUUAUCCCAGAAUCUCCAAAUAAGAGACUGUGCUUGGAAAGUAGGACGUGAAAGAGUGUUCUUCCGUUCUGUCUUUCCCAUAUUUAGGCGACAUUUGAUGACCGAGUAAAUUUUCUGUAACGAAAUGUUAAAUGAAAAGUUUGAUUCACCCUAUCUAUUGACAUAACUAUUCGAAACGCACCUUAUUUAUUCUUGACUAUCAAAAGAAAAAAAACAAACAAACGAAACAGGCAAACCACACGAUGUAAGACUAAUUAACAAAGAGAGAACGUGUUUAAAAAAAGCAGGCCACUCAUUAAACUUUUGAGAAGUCUUUGAACACCGUUGUGGGUUGAUUAGAAAUGAAUAGUUAGUGUUUUUCAUAUUUAUGACUGUUGAACCUACUGUUAUUGAAACCAUAACAAUGAAUAAAUCAUGUGAGUCGACCAGGAAUUGGAGUGAGAGAUUAGCAGCGCACAAAUCGAAGUUUGUGUCAACAUUCAACUCAACGAACACGUAACAUGUUCUUGUUCUGGUCCUCAAUCGCUUUGUCCGUAACGUUGGUGUCAGGACUUGGUCGAAUAAAAACAGAUGAUUUACAUGCCGUAAACUUUGCGACAGAGAUUAAAGGACGCAAGCUUCUUGGGAGGGUUAUCGAGGAAACAGAAGAGGAAUCAGAAGAUGCUUGCCAGCUGCGAUGUGUAGAUGAAAGCCGUUGCCUGUCUUACAAUUUUGGACAGGCAGAAGACGAGAGAAGAUUCAAAUGUCAACUAAGCGACUCUGAUCGAUUUGCUGCAGUAGAAAAUUUCACUCAAGAUGACAAGUUUUCCUACAGGGGAAUACAGGUAUUGCGUAAUGGUACACAGUGGAAAAAGAGAAGUUAGAGAAGAAAAUAAAUUCUUUAGGCAUUAUUUUUUUUUCCUUAAAAAUAUCUUCUGAUUUAAUAUAUACUUUUUCCAAUUUCAGUCGUCUACCGAUAAUCUUUGGAAAAACUGUUCAUGACUCACGUGCUCUAUUAUUCGGUAAACUUUGAGUUAUUGCGUAAUGGGUACACCGUAGAAAAAGACAAGUUAGAGAAAAAAUAAGUUCUUUGGGCAUUAUUUAUUUUUUUUAUCAAAAAUAUCCUCUGAUUUAAUGUAUACUCUACCAAUUUCAGUCGUUUACCGAUAAUCUUUGGAACAACUGUUAAUAAGUUGUGUUCAUUACUCACGUGCUCUACUAUUCGGCAAACUUUGAGGUAUUACGUAAUGAGUACAACGCAGGAAAAGACAUGUUAGAAAAGAAAAUAAAUUCUUCAGGCAUUAUUUAUUUGUUUUAUAAAAAAAAUUCUCUGAUUUAAUAUAUACUUUACCAGUUUCAGUCUUUUAUCACUCAGCUUUCAUUAAAAGUUAUGAACAUAUCGAUAGUUAUAUAUCUAAAGAUAAAAAUCACUUCUUUUGUAGAAAAAUCUUGGAAUUUAAUCUAUCUUUGCAAAUCUUUUCUUAUUUGGAUUUGAAAAUUUAUACCUGUUAGCAUUUGCACUAAGUUAGCAUCUUUCAAAUUCCAGAGUUCUUGUGAGAUGAGCGAUUCCAUCUGCGGCGAAAAAGGAAUCUGUAUUCCCAACUAUCAAGAUGGCAGCGUAAGAUGCAAAUGUAAAGAUGGCUACAUAGGACCAACUUGCGGUUAGUGUUGGAGUUGUCACGUGCAUAGUUUGGCCUUAAAAAUUUGGGAAUUCAAACAGCAAAAGACAUUUAUAUACUCCGAGAAAUUACUUAGAUGGCUGGCUUAAACGAAUGUUGAACCCAUGGCCUCCUGAUUAAGGAUUACUCUCCCCGACCACCUACUGAGUUUCAGGCGUAUCGUGGUCGAUAGUGAAGACCAACACUGGAAGGAGGCGAAAGACACAAGUAUCGAACAUACUAUUUAAGCAUUGGAAAGAAACUACGAUUCUCGCAAUAAUCUUUAGAACAACUAUUCAUAAGUGUUCAUGAGUCACGUGCCCUUCUAUUAGGCAGUUUUUUUUGUCUUUAGUACGAUACAUUUUACUCGGCAAAUUAAGUUAAGCUAUUUUGUUUGUAUACUUGUUUAUAUGUCUGUUUGUUCGUUUGCUUGUUUUUUGUACCAUUCCAUAGCUAUAGAGCCAAACAGCUGCGCUGAACUGCUUCGACACGGUUAUGAUUCCAGUGGCGUAUACACCAUCAAUCCAGAUGGCGGAAAACCAGUGCAAGUGUUGUGUGAUAUGAAUACGGAUGGUGGAGGUUGGACCGUUUUUCAGAAACGUUUAGACGGCUCUGUAGAUUUUUUUCUAGGAUGGGAAUCUUACAAGUACAGCUUUGGAAAUCCUAAUAGCGAGUUCUGGCUUGGAAACGAUAAUCUUCAUCAUUUGACAGACUCGAAUGACGUCAUGCUGAGAGUUGAGCUGGAAGACUUUGAAGGGAACAUCACCUACGCUGAGUACACUACUUUUAAGGUGGCAGAGGAGGCUAAUAAGUACAGGCUUUUGAUUGAAGGAUACUCUGGCACGGCAGGUGAAUCCAUGUUUGGGCACCAAUCUCUAAGGUAAAUCAAAUCUGAACGAGGCUUAAAGUGAUAUGAGCCGAGCCAGUAAAUUCUUUAAACUACUCUAUUAACUAGACAUUAAUAAGCGAGAUCGUGAUGUAUUUCGAUCAACAGGUGUUCAGCGGUAAAACCAAGAGGCACUUAACGCUUUUCUAUCAUAACAGUCAACGUAAAAAUUUGUUUUCAAAAAAGAAGGAAAUCAAUCGGCCAGCAAUAACUAUUCUGGGCGAGGUAAUAUUCUGAUUCUGAAACCUCUUUAUGUUCGGAGGUGAGAAACACACCAAAUGACAAUAGGGGAAAAGUCGACAACAAAGAGGUUAUUAGUUUAGGAAGAUUCUCCUUAUUGUGUCAAUCACAGCCAAACCUUCUCCUUGACCUCUUUUAAUUUAUACUCUCGUGUGAACUAACAUGAGGCUCAUGAAAUUUUUUAAAAAUAACUCGACGGUAAUCACAAGGAGGGGGUAGUCAUGCUUGGAAUAGUAGCGUCUAUUUUGUGGCAAAGGGUGAUUCAUACGACUAAUAUAUGAAAUCUUUUUCUUACUCUCAUUCAUAUUUCUAGUGGAAUGCGGUUUUCGACCAAAGAUAAGGAAAACGACAAAAGUCCCGGAUAUCAGUGUGCUUUGAAGUUCAAAGGUGCGUGGUGGUACAGUCGUUGCCAUGAUUCCAAUCUCAAUGGCAUCUACUAUGGUGGACCACAUACCAAAACAUACGCCGAUGGAGUUUGCAGGAGACAAUUCAGAGGACUUCAGUACUCACUUAAACGCACGGAGAUGAAGCUUCGACCACGUAUUAUGAAAAAAUAA